CAGAAAGGGCCCUGGCGCCGCGCUGGAGCCAUGGGCGGGAGGCAGGGCGCGCUGCGCACGGGGCUGGGCUGCGCCCUGCUGCUGGGCCUCUUCCUGCUGGGCUUCCUGGCAGGCUGGUUAAUGAAACCCACUAAAAAAAUCACCAGCUCAGCAGAUGCUUAUCGAAAUGUGAGACAGAAACUUGUGGCUGAAAUGAAAGCAGAAAACAUCAAGCAGUUUCUUCGUUCGUUUACAAAGUUUCCUCAUCUGGCAGGAACAGAACAGAACCUUCACCUUGCUAAGCAAAUUCAAGCCCAAUGGAAGGAAUUUGGAUUGGAUUCAGCGGAGCUCGUUCAUUAUGAUGUCCUCCUUUCCUACCCAAAUGAAACUCAGCCCAACUAUGUCUCAAUUAUUGAUGAUCAAGGGAAUGAGAUUUUCAAUACAUCAUUGUUUGAGCCGCCCCCUCAGGGAUAUGAAAACAUUACUGGUGUGCUGCCACCAUAUAAUGCUUUUUCAGCUCAAGGAGUGCCAGAGGCAGAUCUGGUGUACGUGAACUAUGGCCGCACAGAAGAUUUUUUCAAACUAGAGCGAGAGAUGGGAAUUAAUUGUACUGGAAAGAUUGUCAUUGCCAGAUAUGGGAAAAUUUUCAGAGGAAACAAAGUUAAAAAUGCCAUAUUAGCUGGAGCCAAAGGGAUUAUACUGUAUUCAGACCCUGCUGACUAUUGCGCCCCUGGAGUAGAUCCUUAUCCAGGUGGCUGGAACCUUCCUGGAGGUGGAGCCCAGCGCGGGAAUGUGUUAAAUCUGAAUGGGGCAGGGGAUCCUCUCACGCCAGGUUAUCCAGCAAAAGAAUACACCUUCAGGUCUAAAGUUGAUGAGGGAGUGGGAAUUCCCAAAAUCCCAGUUCAUCCCAUUGGAUAUCAUGAUGCAGAAAUAUUAUUACGCAUCCUGGGAGGACCUACAGCACCAGACAGUAGCUGGAGGGGGAACCUCAAUGUGUCUUACAACAUUGGGCCUGGAUUUGCAGGCAGCUAUUCUAUAAGAAAGGUCAGAAUGCAUGUCCACACUCACAGCAAAAUCACACGAAUUUACAAUGUUAUUGGCACUAUCAGUGGUGCGGAGGAACCAGACAGAUAUAUUAUUCUGGGAGGACAUAGAGACUCCUGGGUAUUUGGUGGGAUUGAUCCAACCACUGGUGCAGCUGUUCUUCAAGAAGUUGCUCGGAGUUUCGGCAAAAUGGUGAUGGAAGGUUGGAGACCUAAAAGAACUAUUAUUUUUGCUAGUUGGGACGCAGAAGAAUUUGGACUAUUAGGUUCCACAGAAUGGGCUGAGGAGAAUGCUAAAGUUCUUCAGGAACGGGCCGUUGCUUACAUCAACACAGAUUCUUCUAUAGAAGGCAACUACACUUUAAGAGUUGACUGCAGCCCCCUUCUCUACAAAUUGGUGUAUAAUCUGACAGAAGAGAUUGCAAGCCCCGAUGAGGGUUAUGAAGGCAAGUCUCUCUAUGAGAGCUGGCUUGAAAAGGACCCCUCAACAGAAAGUAAAAGUCAUCCCAGAAUAAACAAACUGGGAUCAGGCAGUGAUUUUGAAGCUUAUUUUCAGCGGCUGGGAAUCACAUCAGGCAGAGCCCGUUAUACGAAGAACAGGAGAGCAGACAAGUUCAGCAAUUACCCAGUUUACCACACCGUCUAUGAGACUUUUGAGUUAGUAGAACGAUUUUAUGACCCCACAUUCACGAAACAGCUUACUGUUGCCCAGUUACGAGGAGGAUUGGUGUAUGAACUGGCAGAUUCCCAGGUCAUUCCUUUCAACUGCCAAGAUUAUGGAGAAGCCUUAAGAAAAUACACAAAUAGAAUCUAUAAUUUGAGCAAGAAACAUGAAGAACAGGUAGAGACUUUCGGAGUGUCAUUUGGUCCCCUUUUUUCUGCUGUGACGAAUUUCACAGAAGCUGCCGCUGAUUUUCACAGAAGACUUAAAGAAGUUGAUGUGAAUAAUCCAAUUGCUGUGCGAAUCGUGAAUGAUCAGCUGAUGUUUGUGGAAAGAGCUUUCAUCGAUCUUCUUGGUUUACCGGGCAGGAAAUUUUACAGACACAUUGUUUUUGCUCCGAGCAGCCACAACAAAUACGCUGGAGAGUCAUUCCCAGGGAUCUACGAUGCCAUGUUUGAUAUUGAAAAUAAAGCGGAUCAGCGCAAAGCCUGGGAAGAAGUAAAGAGGCAGAUCUCCAUUGCAGCCUUCACUGUGCAGGCUGCAGCAGGGACUCUGAAGGACGUAGCGUAGGAACAAGGCACCAGCAGGCUUGAACACAUGGCUAGCUCUUAAAAAAUGGCAGUUAAUGUACUGGAGUGAUGCCAUUUGCACUUUGUGCAUAGUAUUUACUAGGGUUGCAAUAUAACCAGCCUUUUACAUACAGAAGUCCCAUGGGAGUUAGUGAGAGCUGUUGGUGUUACGAGACUGUUGUUUAAGGAACCAAUGUUUUCAGCCUUCACUGAGGAAAUAGAUGAGCCUUAGACUGUGGCCUGAUGGUCAAUGAAUUCAGUCUCUCACAGCCCACAGGAAACAUUUGAAUGUAGAGAAUUCAUCCUGGGGAAAAUCCCCUGCCAACAACCCCUUUUUUAAACCAGAGGAUUAAUAGGCCAGCAACCUACCUCCAUGGAUCAGCACUGGCAGUAGCAGGAACAGACACAGGCUGUGUGGUACAUAGGUACCAAUCCAUUUAGGGCCUGUAAGUUGCCCCUGUUUAAACUGACUUACUGCUGGAACACACACUGCCUCUGUGUGUGGCUUUGACCCUGAUUUCUUACUAGAUUUACUGUUGUGUCGCUCCGCUACUUUGAUGGAGCUACUUUUGAUUUUCACCUGUGUGAGAUAGGAAUGAUUUUAGGGUUAAGAUGCAGUGGAUUAACCACUGGUGAAAUUCCUGGAGGCUUCUGUGAAGUUGAUCCAAGAAUAAAUUAUUGCCCAAUGACUGAAUGUGUUAUCACUUACUAGCUAUUGCUCUGUGGGAGACAGAUAUCGCUUUUAUAAGGCUCAAAAGAUGCAAAAGUACCAGCAGCAAAGAGUUCAGUAAUGAAAUGCUCCUACUUAAUUUAAUUAUUGUGUUUCACAGUUAAGGAGAUCAGCCAGAAAAAUUGAUCUGAAUAAAAUAAAGAUGUACAUUUGAAGUGAUUUAGUGAAAUCCCAGCAAGCUGCAUGAAAACUUCUUAAAGAUACCAUAAUAGAGGCUCAACUUAAAUGUAUACCCAAAUUAAAAAACAUAGUAAGAGAAC